AUGGCGAGGAAUAAGGAGAAAGACGGCUUGGAAUGCCGCUUAAAUUCUCCGGUGCUGACAUCAAUGGCCGACUCGUCAAUCAGCCUGUUGAAACUCAUCUCGAUUUUGAUAAUUUUCGUGGUGGGUGUAGCUAUAGGACUGGUCUCUAGCUCCAACAUCAACAAGUACUUCACGUUCCAAGACAGCUACAAAAACACGUAUUUUGAUACCGGGCAGUUUAGCCAUGAUGGGUGGAGAGUAGUGGUGAAAUACGAGAGGGAUGUUUGCCUGAGCACCGACCGGUUUGUGAGUCCUAUAAAUGUGGACCACCAGUUGACGGACGAUGAGUUGUUCUGGCGGGCCUCAUUGAUGCCCCAGAAGGAAGAGUUUCCCUUCAGGCGGGUCUCGAGGGUGGCCUUCAUGUUCCUGACACGAGGGCCUCUGCCCAUGCUGCCGUUGUGGGAGAGGUUCUUCAGUGGACAGGAUGCCGACAAGUACUCGAUAUACGUGCAUGCUCUUCCUGGGUUCGAGCUCAAAGUGGAUAAUACGUCUGUUUUCUACAGGCGACAGAUCCCGAGUCAGCACGUGGAGUGGGGAUCGAUAUCAUUGAUCGAUGCGGAAAAAAGGCUCCUAGCCAAUGCCCUCCUCGACUUCUCGAACGAACGUUUUGUCCUCCUCUCGGAAAGCUGCAUCCCCAUAUACGACUUCCCGACCGUCUACAAAUACCUCACCACCUCCACACACAGUUUCGUGGAGUCGUUCGAUAAACCAACACGCUACGGGCGGGGCCGCUACAGCCGGAGCAUGAACCCGGACAUCCAUCUGUCCGAAUGGCGCAAAGGGUCACAGUGGUUCGAGAUGCAACGUGUCUUGGCCAUCAAGAUAGUUUCCGACACUAAGUACUAUAUGCUAUUCAAAAAGUACUGCAAGCCCUCUUGCUACCCGGACGAGCAUUACAUCCCGACUUAUAUAAGGAAAUUCCAUGGUGAAUUGAACUCGAACCGGACAGUGACUUAUGUGGAUUGGUCGCAGCUUGGCCCACACCCGGCGACCUUCACGGCUGACAAUAUUACUGAGGGGUUUCUCGAGUCGCUCAGGAAUAAUAAUGGCACUUCGUGCUCGUAUAACAAUGGAGAGACGGCUAUUUGCUAUCUUUUUGCGAGGAAGUUUGAUCCGAGUGCUUUGGAGCCAUUGAUGAAUCUGACAUCACAAGUUAUGGGAUUUUGA